CCUUGGGGGUCGUCUUGACGGUACAUGCACAUAUUUGUACCCACAUGAACACACACACACACAUUACGCAUUCACGUCGACGUUCAUGUGUGUACCCUGCGAAACACAUGAACACGACCCUCUUGACAUCGAGACACAGUGGCACAAUGCAGACGUUGACGCGCAUGACAGGCACUGUGUGUGUGCGCACACACACACGCGCAUUAACAGAGACGCACUCGCUGUUCUCCGCGACACGUUAACACACCGAAGCGUACACGUGGGUGUACAUGUGAACACAUCGACACACUCGUUCGCCGCCAACUCAGGACGCAUCGACAAAGACAAAGACCCCCCGUGUAGCCUCUAACAGACUGUCGGGGCAAGUGCCGUGAGCGAGCACCUGUGAAGGGCCGGCACCGUGGCAUACGAGGGGGUGGGUGGCCAGCACCACGCCCCAGCGGCGAUGUUUACUACACACCGCUAAACCAGAAUCUGUGGGGAGAUGGCAGCACUUGAAGAUUUGGUGCCACACACAGAGAGGGCAAAUCCACUUACCCAUGGCAUGGACACUGCCUCGCCAUCCCAGCUUGUCCAGCUUCUUCAGGAGUGCGAUUUAGAGAUAUUCCAACGAGAUGACAAAGCAACAGCGGCUGAAAAACACAUGACAUUAUUUGGUGAGUCCACAAUAAGGUUAAUGAGCGAUGUGGCUGCACAAGCAAAACGCAUACUCGAGAACCCGGAGAACAAUGCGAUCGUGCUGAGUGGAUGUGGGACAUCGGGAAGACUGGCGUUUCUUCUUGCGAAAUCUUUCAACAAACUGCUGCAGGACUGUGGACGCUCCCCGUGCUACACCCACGUAAUUGCGGGUGGAGAUAAGGCGUUGAUGACAUCUCAAGAGGCCCAGGAAGACCAGCCCGAGCUUGGAAUACAGCAGCUGAGAGAGGUCACAAUGGAUAAGAAGAUGAUCCUCUUCAUAGGCAUUACGUGCGGGUUGUCGGCUCCCUUUGUAGCUGGACAGUUGGACAUGUGUCUGGCGGAUCCAGGUCGCUUCACAGCAGUGCUGUUAGGGUUCAACCCUCUCAGUCUGGCACGGACAGCCAAGGUGGAGGGCUGGCACUCAAGUUUUGCACAGGUGGCAGAAAGGAUUCACUCAAGAAGCAUCUCAACGACCACCUCCUUCCUUCUCAACCCAUUGGUCGGGGCGGAGGCUCUGACUGGCUCCACUCGCAUGAAAGGAGGAAGUGCGACCAAGGUCGUCUUAGAAACGGUUUUCCUGGCCGCACACACGGCUCUAAACACCGGCGUUGCGGUCUCACCCAGCUGUGUUCGCGAGUGCCUGCUGUCCUAUGAGGCGGUGCACAAGAUCACCUACGCCUGCAGCCCAAGCAUCGCUGAACUGGUGCACAGAUGUGGAACAAGCUUACAGCAAGCUGGGCACCUGUACUACCUGGGUUGGGGGACGUUGGGCAUCGUGGCGAUGAUAGACGCCAGCGAGUGUCCACCGACCUUCGGAGCCGACAUCAAUGACGUGCGUGCUUUUCUCCAUGGGGGUUACCAAACGCUGGGAAUCAAGGAGGGUGACGUCUCAUCUAAGGGUCAACAGUUUUGCCUUUCUCAUGAGGACUUCAAGAAGAACAUCUUACCGUGCUUGACUGAUCGGGACACAGUGAUCCUUAUCUUCACUGGCGAUGACGAUCAGCUGGAAGUACGGUGCUUCGCAGAGACGAUCCGCGCCCGCUCUCCACACAUCUCAGCCAUCGUUCAUGCAUCAAGUGAGAAACAUCUAACGGGAGAACUGGAGAGUCUGUUUGCUACAAUCGUGAAAGUAACAUGGCCUACAAACAGUUCACACAAGAUGGAUCAUUACUUGAAGAUAUUCCACUGGGAGCUUAGCACAAAGUGGAUCCUGAAUGCCGCCAGCACGGGCGCCCAUGUGGCCAAGGGAAAGGUGCUCCACAACUUCAUGGUGGACCUGAAAGUCAGCAACAAGAAGCUGUUUGAGCGAGCUUUGGGAAUACUGCAGAAAUUCACAGGACAACCGCGGGAUGAGUGCCUAAAGGCCUUACUGCGAUGCAUCUAUGAAACAGAGGAGAUUUCUGAGGAGACUUGCAAUGCAGACAUUUCAAGGCACAUCCAAGUCAUUGCGCACGAAGAAAAGGUGGUGCCCACUGCCAUGGUGGCUCUGCUGUGCGACUGCUCCGUACCAGAGGCACGGAGGCUGCUGAGUGAACGCCGCGUCAUCAGAGACGCGAUUGAGCACUGCCUGGACCUCCGCAGAGAGAGGACACCCAUUGUCUCUCACCAAGCAAUGCUGGCCAAAAAGACCACGGGGUCUGAAAAGAUUUGACACAGACCAGGCCCUUCCUUAAUCAAAAAAAAUCACGGUUUUUAAGCACAGACCCAAUGGCCCAAACUGCCAGCAGUCAACUGCACUGUUGAAAGUAGAAUAGAUAAACGCUUGUAUGAGUUUCUUGAAUUGAGCAAGGUUGUUCUAAGAAACUGGCGAGAACAGACGAUGGGAGGGUAUUCCAGAUUGAGCAGUGUGAGGAAAUAAGUAUCACCACAGGAUAAAAACGUCUCAUUAACUUUCACUGUGGCAUGCUUUAAACGUUACCUUUAUAAAAUAUUAAAUUUUUUGAAAGGAGAUGAUUAUUUCCACGGUCAUGUGAUUAGGAUUGGCAGUUUUAUUUUUUACAGUGUCGGCAACUGCUGGAGUAUAAAUAUUUUAACCACUUUUAAAAUACUGUAUGUAAAAUCAGAGCCAAAGUUUAGGGAAAGUUUAAUGUAAGAUACAGUAUAACAUUGCCAUUCUUUUUAACUACAAGUUUUAAUUUUCUAAAGACCAUCCAAUGCUUAAAUCAUGUGGAUAAAAAAAAAUUCGAGUAUUUGCAACUUAUGAAAAUUAUAAAUGCUGGUUAACGGAGCAAACAAAACUGUACAAACAGGGCAGAUAACAUCAACAACAAUAAAAACGACACAAACAAGAACUGAUUUUGAAUCGAAUCACGAGAAUUAACCGAAUUGUUACCCUCACUGUUAAAUAGAACUUGGUCCAUCCCCUGAAGAUAACGUUCCCAACCACUUUGUUAAAGUUCACGUUUCUUAUUCUUUGGUUCUUUCGGUUAAGUCACGUCUAAAGAUAAAAUAAUAAAUUAAAAUAAUAGCGACGUUUCGAUUGCAACACAAGCAAUCAUUAUCAGGCAUAAAAGAAAUAGCAACAAAAAUCUAACAAAAAAACUAUAGACAGACAUACAAGCAGACAGACAUCACAAGGACACACAGAGAGAGGACGUGACUUAACCGAAAGAACCAAAGAAUAAUUCCUGCAGUCACGAAAGCUCCAAAAUUAAGAUGUUCACGUUUUUCUUAGGCAGCCCUCAUCUAAUGUAUCUCAUUGCACCAAAGACGUUUCGAAGACCAAUUAAACUGCUGCUUCUGGUUACAUUUCUUUUUAUCUCCAUACCUAAAAUGAACCUCCCUGGAUACACGCAACUUUAUUCGCCUGGUAUGCUGGAGUUCGUGGGUUCUAUCAGGAUAGAACCCAGGGUCAGGACCCUGACGCCUGUAUAUUUGGAGUCUGCACGUUAUCCCUAUGGUCGCAUGGAUUUUUCUCUGAGUCCUUCGGUUUUUCCCUCCACAUUUUAAAUUUACAGUUGAUAAGCCACUUCGUUGAUCUAUCAUUUCUGGCCAGGUCGCUUCUACAAGUGGGACUUAUCCGGUAAUUUAAAAAUGGUCUAGUUUAUUAGGGUACUUCAAGUUUAGGCAAGAUCAACAAUUUAAAUUGUGGUAAUGCAGCGGUUGGAGCGGUGCGUUACGAACCCGGCGACCCGAGUUCGAUUCCCGCUCAUGGCCAGCACCACUGACGAUGACCUCAAAUGAGUACCUGGUGCGAUGUGGAAACAAAGGCUACCCAUCACCUCGUGUGUCGUAAGUGCUUGCUAACAACAAGUCUAAGGCGAUAUUGGGGGAGCUUUGCCUUGAACUGUAUGUGUAUGAUUGUGAGUGUGGUAAACAAAUGUAAGUUAUACAAUUCAUAGCCAGUUAGUAAUUUGAAGAUAAAAUACAAUUCAGAUUUAAUCAUGGAUAAGUUCACAUUGUUUAUAAAUAGUAUGUUGAAACGGUUUUAUGGUGGUACUUUUAAGUGCAAAUGCCAAUCUAAAUACACAUUGUUACGUAACUAUAACCCACAUUUGACGCCAGCCCUUAAACAUUAAAACAUCUACAAACCAAAAGUGUGGAUUGCUUACGACAAACCUUUGCCACGAAUGCUUAUAUUCCAUCAAACUCUCAUGCAAGAGUCGGGGACACUUGUUUUAGGAUCCGCAUAAAUUUACCGUACAAUGUCCAGCGGCAACCAGGGGGCACGGGCCAGUGACAAACAUCGCGUUAACCGCAGCCGUUGAUGUCCCUCCACUGCCAACUCCACUGCUAGACGGGUGCCUUUCGCACGCUUAUUGUAAAUCACGGGGGGAUCAUUUGACCACACCUCACCACCACGCCGGUCAGCGCGCGUUGGUGAAGGUGGGGGAGGCCCACAAGCGGUUCCAAUAUCUCACUCGCCACCGAGGUGUUGCCAACUGCUGCGCCACCGCUCCACAUACGCACUGAGUGGCACACAGAUUGGUCAUCCCGGCACAGCGGUGAUCUCAACAUCACCAGCUGGGAACCCAGUAGACAUUGCCCUCACUCAUCAUAUUAGUGUUCAUAAUAAGUCACCGUUUCAAACCGUGUCAAUUCUAAGCGACCUUGGAACGGAUGAAAGCCAGUUGUUCAUAAGUUAAUUAUGUUAAGCAAAACGCUGCGAAAGGAAACAUUUUCAAAAUGUUUUUCGUAUCAUGCCCCAUUGUGUACAGUGCAGUGUCCAACCCUUAGCCACUCUGUAGCCUAUAUGUGCAAUGAAGAAGGGUCAUUGCCUGAAACGUCACCUUCGAUUAGCCCCGUUGGCUACGUACGCCGCAAACUCAUUUCAUCAUACUGUAUUUACAUAUUAUAUACGGUACUUUUCCGUUUAAGAAAAUGUUAUUAACGAAUGUAUUGAGUUGAUGUCACAUUCUGUGACGUGUGUCGAAAGAGCGAUUGUUUCCCUCGUGUUUAUGGAACAAAUGUAACGAACAAAAAUGCAACUUUUAAAUCAGUAAACGAUUUUAUUUACCAGGUAAAGGGGCCGUCCAUAAAUGACGUCACGCGAUUUUGGACGAUUUUUGACCCCCCCCCACUUCGUCACACGGCGUCACAAAGCUUUGCCCCCCCCCCCCCCCAAAUAAACAUGCUUCAAAUCGCUUUAAGCUAUUGUAAUUGUGGCGCUGCACUCUG